AUGACCAACAAGACCACGGACCAGACGUUCAAAAAGACUCGCCAAGUCGUCGGCGCCAACGGCAACCAGCUGAUCGACAACCUGAACGAAAACAUCAUGAACGAGGCUCCCGGUCACGAUGGUAACGUUGCACUCGAACAAUCCGGUCAGCAAAGAUCGCACAACCAACAGAUCGAACGUGAUCUGGUCAACAAGGGAUACUCGACGCGUCCGACCGACGAACAAGUGGCAAUCGAUGCUGACCUCAAGACGAAGCUUGACAAGCGCGCGAGUCGUGAAUGA